AUGCCCUUUUUUCUGAAUGAUGCCGCUUCACAGGCAAGCCUUGCCGAUUCUUUCUUGGCCGAUCUCGACGAACUUUCGGACAAUGAGGCCUACCCCGAAGAAGACAAUGCCGAGGCGGCGGGCAUGGAUGAGGAUGGUGACGAUGAUAUGCCUGACCUUGAGUCUCUUAAUUAUGAUGAUCUUGACAGCGUCUCAAAACUGCAGAAGACACAGCGUUAUAGUGACAUUAUGCAAAAAGUUGAAGGAGCACUUGACAAAGACACAUAUUUGUCUAAUCAAGGGUUCAUCCUGGAGGAGGAUCCAGAGUACCAGCUUAUUGUAGAUUGCAAUGCCUUAUCAGUAGAUAUUGAGAAUGAGCUCAUUAUAAUACAUAAUUUCAUCCGUGACAAGUAUAGGCUGAAGUUUCCUGAACUGGAAUCCCUUGUUCAUCAUCCGAUUGAUUAUGCCCGUGUUGUUAAGAAGAUUGCAAAUGAGGUGGAUAUAACACUAGUAGAUCUGGAAGGGCUUUUACCUUCUGCAGUUAUAAUGGUUGUCUCUGUGACAGCAUCGACAACUAGUGGGAAGCCUCUUUCUCAGGAGAAUUUGGUAAAAACCAUUGAAGCAUGUGACAGAGCCCUUAAUCUUGAUGCUGCAAAAAAGAAGGUGCUUGAUUUUGUAGAGGGUAGAAUGGGUUACAUCGCACCAAACCUAUCUGCAAUCGUUGGCAGUGCUGUUGCUGCAAAAUUGAUGGGAAUUGCUGGUGGUUUGGGAGCACUUACAAAAAUGCCUGCUUGCAAUGUUCAGCUACUUGGAGCAAAGAAGAAAAAUCUUGCUGGGUUUUCUAGUGCCACAUCUCAGUUUCGUGUUGGCUAUCUUGAACAAGCCGAAGUAUUUCAGAGCACCCCUCCAGCCCUGAGGACCCGUGCUUGCAGGGUUAUAGCUGCAAAGGCAACUCUAGCAGCAAGAAUUGAUUCAACUAGAGGUGAUCCAACUGGAAAAGCUGGUCGCAACUUGUUAGAAGAAAUUCGCAAGAAGAUCGAGAAGUGGCAAGAACCACCUCCCGCAAAGCUUCCAAAACCACUUCCUGUUCCAGAUUCCGAACCUAAAAAGAAGAGAGGGGGUCGCCGCCUUCGAAAAAUGAAAGAAAGAUAUGCGGUGACUGAUAUGAUGAAGCUUGCAAACCGAAUGCAGUUUGGUAUACCAGAGUAG